CUCCACCUCGGACAAUAAAAACAAGGCGAAGCAUCUCAGCACCAUUCAAAGCCCGACACCCGAGCUGUGUCUGCGGAGUGAACGGCUCGCACACACUGGCUGGGAGGAAUAUGGACACAUGGCCGCCGAGCUGGGACUAGAGAUGUAGUUGCAAGGAUGCCAGCCAACUGCAUCUCUCGUUUGCUCCUCUUCGCCUCGAUCUGCGCGGUUUGGGAGGCGCUGGCCAAAUCUCUUCCAGAUCAGGGAGCAUUUGAGGUGCAAAUAAAAGUCCAGGUGUUCGACAACAGCGACCUGUCACCGUUGGCAGACGCUCAGGUGGAAGUCCACGGCAACCAAACUAUCUUGGCGUCCAGCAGGGCCGGCAGCGAUGGCGUCCUGAGAGUCAGCUUCCUGUACCGCACGGGAACAUGGGUCAUCAUUACAGCCUCCAAACAAGACUACGUCACCAACUCUGUGCCCUGGCACUCCAGCCGCAUCCCCUUGUAUGCAUCAGUCAGCCUGUACCUCCUCGUUCAGAGGCCAGGAACACUUAUUCUGUACGAUGACGUCCUGCAGGUGCUGUCUGGGUCACCAGGAGCUCGUAACCAGCCGCUGGUGCAGCUCCAGAGGAAGUCCCUUCAUCUGCCGUCCAACUCCAACUACACGGCUCUGGCUGCCGCACUGACCACAGCCAGGACUCAGUAUGAGAUCGGUGGUUUCCCGUUUCUCCUGGGCCAAGAGACCAACAGCUCAGGUGCAGAAACAGGGUGGACAGACUUGACAGCUUUAGCAGUGGUCAGCAUUCAGCUCUUUGACAAAGACGGCAGUGCGAUCCAGGUCUCAGAUCCGAUCCACAUCUCUGUGCCGCUGCCAUCGGACACCCGCAACAGGAUGGCCACAAGUGUACCUGCUUGGCUGUAUCAGCCUAAGACGGGACUGUGGGUUAGGAACGGGACGGGCUACAUCAAAAAGGACGGCACACAGUUUGUCUGGAACGUUGUGGUUCCUCAGAUGGGAUACUGGUUAGCUGCCUUCCCCUCGUCUUCAGGAUUGGGUCUGUCUCAUCCAGGCUUGAGGGACAUCACCACGUACCACACCCUGUUCCUGCUCUCCAUCCUGGGCUCGCUGGCCCUGCUGGUUCUCAUCCUGCUCUGUGUGCUGCUCUACUACUGCAGGUGUGGGGAGCGUAGGCGCAGGUCUCAGUUGCGGAAGUGUUUGAAACCUCGUCGCCAGCAAGGGAAACCCCACACGUCCAAUCUAAAUGGCGCAAAGAGAGACCAGGGUACAUCCACUUCACGGCUAAAUCUGAUCUGUGGAGGCCAUGUUGAGUCUGGCCCAUCUAAUGACAAAUCUGACUUGUCCCCAUCUCGAGACUACCAGAGUUCAAGGGAGGACUUAACCAAGCAUGUUCCAGCUCACAUGCUGCGACACGCAAAGGGAAAAAAUGCAUCAGGUCCCCAACGGGGUGAAAGCUUCCCCAUGAAGGUUACACGUGCCACAGAGACCAACAACCUGGACAACCCUUUGCUGCAUGAAGACUACAACCGGAGCUACAGUCCCAUGGAGGGCAAGGACGCUGAAUAUCACCGACACCACAACGCUAACGACAAUCGAGGAUACUCCUCUGAUCCCCCGUCCCCGCCUCGCUUCCAAGGCUACGUGCCAAACCAGUCUGACAAACCCCCCGAAUAUUCAGCAGCAGCUGCAGACAGCCUUGCCAGACCCACCUCCCUCAACACCCAACCAGGUCAGAUCAUCUUCUGCAGCUCCAUUGACCAGAUGAAGGAGAACAUGUACCGGAGCAUGGUACCAACCCUGGUCAUCCCAGCCCACUAUAUGCGCCUGCCCUCCGAGUUUUCUGGUAAAGAUGGAAAGGACCAGAAGGAGCAAGAAAACGAUGGUGCACAGAUGGGAGGAGGCCAGCAGCAUCAUCACCACCACUCCCAGAAACAAGGCCAACAGCAGCAAGGUGGAUCCCAAGGUGACGACUCUGAGGAGCCGAGCUGGGCGUCCGACUCCUCUGGUGGACCUGUGACCAUCCCUGUGCUCUUCAACGACUCCACCAUGGCUCAGAUGAAUGGGGAACUGCAGGCUCUGACUGAGAAGAAGCUACUGGAGCUUGGUGUUAAACAGCACCCAAGGGCAUGGUUCAUCUCCCUGGAUGGACGUGCUAACGCUCAUGUGCGCCACUCCUACAUAGAUGCUGGGAAUGACCUCAGUGGCGGCGGUGUUGGUGGAUUCUUAGGUGGUCCCAGCAGCACUCCCCGAGACGUCAACCUUGAACCACCUCUGGAGGCCCAAGAACAUAAGUCAGCAAUCAACCGGAAGGGAAAAGAUGAUCGCUGGGGGACGGGAGGACGGAAGGGCCACGGUGUUAGCAGCGGUGGUGGGAAGAGUUACUCCAAGUUGGCCUACCCUGACCACAGCGAGCCCAGCAGCAGCGAGGGACGUCCAGUCUCACCCGAGGAGAACUCCCUCACCCCUCUUCUUGAUGAAGGUCCAUCCUCCCGAGGAUCCACCAUCCCCAGAAGAGGACGCAGUCGUGUGAACAGCACCCGCAGCAGCAACAGCGAGAACCGCCGUGACUCCAUGACCAGUCCUGAGGAUGAUCCCGACGACAAAGACGAGAACAAGAAGAGCCCCUGGCAGAAGAUCGAAGACAGGCCUCUCAUGGUCUUCCACCCCAGGAAGUGAGCUUGUUGAACUUACUGAACACUGGACCUUUUAACAAUCUUUUCAAAGGGGAAUCUUUCCACAUCAAACAUGGAAGAAGAGUGAUGUUUUCACAGAGAUAGAUCACAAUAAGCACAACCAUGCUUCACUGGUCCAUUUUCAGGUCGUUGUUUGACCUUUGUGUUUCUGGUGAGGUGCUUUUGCACUUUCUGAUUACUCUCGUAGUCUCACUGUCAGUUAAUCUCACUGGUUUCCACUGAGAUGAUCUAUCGUACACUGACCUAUAACCUAUCCAGAUUAUUGUGAAUUCUGUCACCUAUCACAUCACUGAACCAUCGUCUGAGCCAUUGCAUAUACUGACUGUGGAAAUAGCCAUUUUAUAGAGCAAAAUAUAAGAGUAAAGCACUUACUAAUCAUUUGAUAAUUGAUUGAUUGAUACUUACCAAGUAUUUGGAAGUGGAUGACAUUUUCUAUGGUAUUGAUGGGUAUUUAGGUGAAUUAGAUUUCCUUCCCUGGACUUAUUCCACACAAAGGCUCAUAUUGAUGUUAGAAGAUAUGCGCCUGUGUUUCCUUGACUACUCCCCUGCUCUAAACUGUAACUAGGAUACAUUUUCUUUAAAGGAAACAGCUUCCCAAAGCUUGAAUAUGUAGGAAACCUAUCUAUCAGUUGUACUGAUUUUGUCUUGAGCCCCUGUGAACGGAUAAUGCAAUCUAUAAAGUCCAACGUGCGACUUGCAUUUUGCUCCUUCAGGGAUGUACUUGAUUUCCUCUUCCUCCUGUACUGUGUUCAUGUGUUGAAAUUACUUAUUCAGAUAGUAAUGAUUUGAAAUGUUGAGCGUCAUCUUCAAGUGUUUCCGUCGUCCUUUCAGUCAUUGAUUUACCGCAGUGAUCUACAAUUUUGCCAAAAUUCUGCAUUUCUGCCUUUCUCCUGUUGUUGAGGUUUUUUUUGGCCAACAGAGACUUCUUUGCGAUUUCUCUUGUGUAAAUAGAUUCCCACUCAUUUGAAAGAUUUGGUAUAGAAAGGUUGCAUGCAUAUGAAUGUAUGAAGUAAACAGAAGGCACCAAAAGCCCCCCACAGUUCUUCGGGCUCCUGCGUAGACAACCAAUAAGACUUACCUAUUCAAUGUUCUACUGAGAUCUACAGGGGUUGUUUGUAGACAGGGCCUGUACCACUUCUCUCCUGUAAGUGCCUUCUUUCACAUAGGAUCGAGUGAUAGGCAUGCAGGUCCCUUUUUAAAAUGCAGUUAGUCGUCACCUAAACUGAUCGGCAGGCACCAAUAAGCACACUGCAUUGUGGUAACAGCAACACACGUCACUCUGGGGAGCAUGCCUGCCAAAUCUGACAACUUUUCUUGCGGCUGUUAUGUCCUUGAAUAUCUUAAUUUCUUGUAUCUAUCCUCUUUUUCACCAAACUUGUAAAUGGUAUGAUGAACUAUAUGAGAUUUUAUGUGUAUACGAUGUGCAUGUAACAUAUAGAAUAGGGUGUUUUUAAUUAAACCUUUUUUGAAAUGAUCCAGGAUGUUUGGCACAAAAUGUGAUGCACUUACGCAUUGAACUGUGUUGCCAAAUGAACUUGGUUAUAUGAAGAUACACUGACUUUUCCCUUAAUCCAGUUCUAACAAAAUUCACUUCCGGUCGUAAAUGUUUACAACAAUAACAUACUGACCAACACGCUCCCGCUGUUACUAGCAUCACCACUGCCUAUGACGCAUCAACAACUGUGAACUGUUAUGUCAUCUAGCAGAAUCGUAAAAGCUCACAAGUUUAGAAAACUUGAAGAGGUUAGUGUUUUUUGUUUUUUUGCAGAGUUAUAGGUUGAUUAUGAAGUGAAAAUCUUGAAGUCUGUAUAGAGGUCAUGCUGACUUGUUGGUCCUUUUCACCAUUUGCUUGCUGUUCAUAAGCCUGUGUCAGUAGCCUACGGUACAAACUGAAAACGUGAUGUAGUUCAAAGUCUGAAGAAUAACACAACCAUUAAACGAUUCCUGCUGAAAUGUCGUGUCCACUGCUGUAAAUGUACAUUUUUUGGACCAGAUAUGGAAUUAUUAUGAGUUGUGCAAUUGUGGCUUUCCUUGCUUGUUUUUGUUUUACAAGAGAAAAUCUGUUUUCUCAGUAGAUUUUGUGAACUUGUGUUUGGACAGAGAUUAUUCAGUCACAACUGAUUUACACAAGAACUGAAUCCCUGAGACGACACGUUAAACUUGGUAAAGCGUUCUGCUGGAUUUUUGAUAGUACAAUUCAUAUGAGGUUCAGGAGGAUUGAACUGUAGGCCUCCAUCCUGUGCAGUAAAUCAUUUGCUUCAUAAACCUGGUCAGUUGUUUGUAAACUGUAAAUUGAUUCUUUCUGUACAUGAGACAAAAUAGAAAUAAAUUUGUUCCCACGGUCA